CCCACAAUGAGCCCGAAAUGGUCCUUAAACCCUAAACCUUAUAUUCUCUUAUCUCUCUUCAGGAUUUUGGUUCUUUCUGUAUAUCUGUCUUCCUCUUCCGCCGAACCACCCAGCUUCUCAACCUUGUGUCUCUCUGUCACCGUCAAUCUGUGAGCCACAAAAAUGGUGAGGCCAUACGCAGUGAAGGGAAAGAAGCGAAAGACGAGGGAAGAGAAGUAUGACAGAGACGAAGAAGAAGCAGCAGAACAAGUAGAGGAACCCAGUAAACCAGCUAUGGGUGACGAAAAUGAAACACAAGGAAAAGAGGGCGAGCAAUUUGAACUUGAGGGCAUUCCAAUUGCCCCAACUACUGACCAGAACCCGAAAAGCGGACCUGGGGUCAUCUUUAUCCUUGAGAAAGCUUCUUUGGAAAUCGGCAAAGUUGGAAAGACUGAACAGCUUUUGAAUUCUGAUGAUCAUGCAAAUUUCUUGAAGAAGAAGGGCAAAAACCCUGCUCAUUAUAGGCCUGAUAUCCUUCAUCAGGCUCUCCUCAUGGUUUUAGAUAGCCCGAUUAAUAAAGCUGGGAGGUUGCGAUGUGUGUAUGUGAAGACCGAGGAUGGUAAACUUAUUGAGAUUAAACCAUAUGUUCGUAUCCCAAGGACGUUUAAGCGGUUCUCUGGUGUCAUGUUGCAGCUGCUACAGAAACUGAGUAUAUCUGCCGUUGGUAAGCGUGAGAAACUUAUGCGUAUGAUCAAGAACCCUGUGACACAGUAUUUACCUGUUAACUCCCGGAAAGUAGGACUCUCGUACAGUUCAGAGAAAUUAGUUAGCAUUCAAAAAUAUGUUGCUGCUGCUGAAAACAAUACAGACCUUGUUUUUGUGGUUGGUGCAAUGGCUCAUGGCAAAGUUGAGACGGACUAUACUGAUGAUUUUGUAUCAAUUUGUAGCUAUCCAUUGAGUGCUGCGUACUGUAUCACAAUGAUUUGCCAGGCACUGGCGGGCAAGUGGAAUAUUUUGUGAUCAUUUCUACUGGCUUUAGUCAAAAUCAAUGAUAUUCACUAAAAAAUAUCAAACGUUCCUCGAUACGUUUGUUUUGUGUCGGACGAUGUAUGUGGAUCUUAUGUAUUAUUUGUUGAAAUGGUUGGGAUGUGGGUAAUUCAAAGUCAUUUAAACUAUAA